UCCACUUUCCAUUUUGGAAGCGAACAGCACGCGAGCAACCCGCACAAAUCAAGUCGACCAUGUGGAGAGUGUGCGGGGUGGUUUGCGCUUGGUGUCUCGCCCUCCUCGCCCAAGACUGUAGCGCGCAGUCCCAAAGGAGAACCUCUUUUACAUGUGGGGGAAACUUCACAGGGCAAUCUGGAAUUAUUGGAAGUCAGGGGUACCCAGGAGUUUACCCUCCAAAUACUAAAUGUGUGUGGAGGAUCACAGUUCCAGAAGGCAAGGUGGUGGUGUUGUCGUUCCGCUUUCUUGACUUGGAGAACGACAGCCUAUGUCGCUACGACUACGUGGACGUGUACAGCGGUCAUGUCAACGGGCAGCGACUUGGCCGAUUCUGUGGCACGUUCAAGCCGGGCGCUCUAGUGUCCACCAGCAACAAGAUGACGCUGCAGAUGGUGUCGGACGCCAACACAGCUGGCAGCGGCUUUCUGGCUGUUUUUUCUGCUGCUCAGUCGCACGAGAGAGGGGACCAAUACUGUGGUGGCAGACUGAACAAGCCUUCUGGAACAUUCAAAACGCCUAACUGGCCUGACAGGGACUACCCGGCUGGUGUCACCUGCUCCUGGCACAUAGUGGCACCAAAGAACCAGAUCAUUGAAGUCAAGUUUGAGAAGUUCGAUGUGGAGCGAGAUAACUACUGCCGCUAUGACCAUGUCACUAUUUUCAACGGCGGCGAGAUCAAUGACGCCAGGAGGAUCGGGAGAUACUGCGGAGACAGCCCUCCAGCUCCAGUUUACUCAGAGGGGAACCAGCUCCUUGUCCAUUUCCUGUCGGAUCUCAGCCUAACUGCAGAUGGCUUCAUCGGGCACUACAAAUUCCGCUCCAAGAAGUUUUCCGUCACUACCACACUGCCCCCCACCACCACACAGCCGGUCACCACUAGGCCCAUACCACUGAAGUACUCCGUGGCCUUGUGUCGACAGAAGUGUAAACGACGAGGAACUCUUGGGAGCAACUUCUGCUCAAGCAAUUUUGUGAUCACCGGCACAGUCAUCUCGGCGGUGACUCGUGGUGGGAGCGUGCACGUUACCGUGUCCAUCAUUAACGUGUACAAAGAAGGCAACCUGGCCAUACAGCAGGCAGGGAAGACCAUGAGCACCAAAAUGGUCAUCCUAUGUAAGAAGUGUCCCUUGGUCAAGAGAGGCUUAAACUACAUCUUCAUGGGGCAUGUGGACGAGGAGGGCCGGGGCUUGGUGGGCCCUCACCACUUCGUGCUUGCCUUCAAGACCAAGAACCAGAAGACGCUCAAUGUGCUCAAGAACAAGCGUUGCUGAGGGGCGGAGAAAUGCAAGACAUCUACCUGAGCAAGACAUCGCAAGGAUUAAGAUUCAUUCAACACACAUUAUGUUUGGAGAUAAUAUACUGUAUGUAUUCCUCUUAAUUGUUGAGACCUUCCAUCUAAAUUGGUGAGACAGUUCUACUCAGUAAGAUGAGAAUAAUACAUACAAAAGCAAUAAUAAUUCUAAACUGGUAUUUAACUGUUAAACAGUAUUAUUUAAUGAACAAAAAAUACUAAUUUAUUUUCUGUCUUACUUUCAUUUUAUGCUUAUGAUUAAAAUUCGUAACAUUGAAAAAAAGUGGAAAGAUUAAAAGAAUAAAGUUGUGUAUAUUCAAGAUAAAAUAUACAUUUUCAGAAUACAAAAUAUAUUUAAAAAAUAUCAUAUAUUUUAGAGAAAAAAAUCUAUUUAGAAAUUAACACAGUAAUACAAGUGUAAAAUGCUAUAUUUUUAUUCUAAAAAUCUAAAUUUUUUCUAUUUUUUCUCUAAAAUAUAUAACUUUAUGCUCAUUAAAAUAAAAUUUUAAUUUUGAAAGUAUUCCUUUUUUUUUCAAAUGCAACUUUAUUCUUUUAAAAUUAUGUUCUAGCAUUUAAUUCCUCUUUUAAUUACUAUAGGGUUUUAAUACUGUAUUCUAUGCGUCUGUGUAGUACGAUUAACCUAAAUUUAUAUGGAUUUAGCUGUAAACAGUGCAAUAUUUGAUGCAUGUUAUAUCAUCUGUCUAGUUCUCUACGACCCUUACUGUAUUUGUUUUUAAAGAGAGAGCUAUUAGAUAGUUUCAUACGACAAAGAAAAUCUGUGAAUAUACUGUAAUUUAUAUUUUAUUGUUG